ACAAAUGAGAUACUUUCUCCAGACAAGUUAGCCACUUUACCAACCCAUAAUUAGCACCCAAACUUUGGGGCAUUAAGGACACCAUACUUACCUAUAAAAGCCUGCGCAUUGUGUGUCAUCACAAGUUAGUACGCAAUGAUAGAACCGGGAAAGUGGCCAACACCUGGCAAAAGGACCUCCGAGACCAGUGGCUCCAGGGAGAAGAGGAAAGAGCCAUCUGUAUGGAAGGAUGCCAUGAUGGCCACCUUUUGGGAGUACACGGAGCGGACCAAGUUGAGCGGCAUGUGGCUGAUGCGAAGGAAUCGCACCCACGGCCUGUCCAGGUUCAUCUGGUCCUCGGUUCUGGUGCAGCUGCUCCUGCUGAGCAUCUUUCUCACCCUGCUGCUGUGGCUCAAGUUCUACUCGUACCCCAUCCUGAACACCAUCUCCAAUGACCUCUCCAUCACGGACGUUGCCUUUCCGGGCGUGACCAUUUGCAGCCCCAAGGUGGUCAACUCGGAGCGGGUGGAUCGAUAUGUCAAGACGCUCAAGAUUCCCAAGGAGUACGACAUUGCUGAGGUGAUUGCUGGCUUUGACUUUCUCAACGCCUUUACGGACCAGAGUUUUGAGCCUCCGGCUCACGAAAGCUAUCGAGCCACCGAUGCCGUACUCCGGCUGAAUAAUGUGAGCACCUGGGAGGCGGCCAUGGCCGUCAGUCCGGGAUGCUACGACUACGUGAAGCGGUGCUUCUGGGGCCACACGGAGUUCCAGUGCAACCAGAGCCACGAGUACUUGUCGUUCAUUCCCACCACCGCCUACCUGGGUCCCUGCUGCUCCUUCAACUACAAUCCGCGCAAUGCCAGCUUUGUGCCCUUCUCGGCCAACAUCUUCGGCAUGGAUGGAGGUCUGACUUUUGUGGGUGCGGAGGGCAGCGAACGGAACCUCAACACCGGCCUCAUCGUCCUGGUGCACCAUCCCAUGGACUAUGUGACGCAGUCCGCCGCCUCGGUCACAAUCACAGCCCAAUCCGAGAGCUUCGUGGAGGUCUCGCCCACGGUGCAGAGCUCCUCGGCCGAGGUCCUGGAACUCUCGGAGCGGAAGCGGGACUGCCUCAUCUCGGACGACCUGCAGCUGAGGAACUAUCGCCAGGCCGCCUGCCUCCUCGCCUGCCAAACGGAGGCCAUUGUGGAGAAGUGCGGCUGCCAUCCGUACCUUCUGCCCAUCGAGGGCAACAAGUUCAAGGAGUGCAACCUGAACGACACCUUCUGCUACUCGGACAACUAUGACAACUUCAAGAGCGUGCGAUGUGACCAGUGCCUGCCCAAUUGCUACGAUGUCACCUACUCGACGCUUUCCUACAGGACGGAUCUUAACCAGCACCAGUUCUCAGUGAACCGAUACUACUCGCAGGAGCUGCUCAACAGCGACAGUUUCGUACUUCGGGUCUAUUUGGCCAAGCAAGUCGUCCCCGUAAUCCGGAAAGUGACCGUUAUGUCAUGGAUAGGACUGCUAUCGGAUUUGGGUGGCAUUUUCAAUCUCUGCUUGGGACUGAGCAUGAUAUCUGUGGUUGAGUUUUUUUACUUCUGCACUUAUCGCUUGUAUGUCAAUUAUCAACUGCAGAAGGCUCAGCUGCCUAGACAGGCAUGGCAAUAAAAUUAUUCGUUUUUCUUCAAA